UACCAUGCACCAACCGGGCGGGCGGCUACCGACUCCGCCCUCUUUUUCGUGCCGUCUCAUCCAUCAACAAACGUCCAACCGAAAACCUCUCUUCGCUUCUACGAAACACCUCCCAAAGAUGCAAUCUCCAUCCUACCACUCCACACUCCCUGCCAGCGAUCGUCCAGCCAGUUUGCUAGAUGCCGGCGAGUCCUUCUCACGUUAGGUCGAUCCCUUCCACUUCCGCUAGCCGAUUUCCCGCUUUCUUUAAUCCUCGAUCGACCCCCUUCCUGAGAAAAGCGAGCCCAUUUCUUUAUCUCCGCCACGAGGAGGCUGCCUGCCGCUGAGUCGGAUUCAUUGCCUUAUCAAAUCAUCUUACCUGCACGGUGGUUACACACUGAUCGAGGGACAGAGAGAACGGAAGCUGCAGGCAGCGCCUCGUUUGACCAACCGUUCAAUACUCCGAAAUUCGUACGGGAUUUGCUGGAUGCCCACGUUGUCCGUCGUCCAUCCAUGAACUGGAGGUCAAGAGGAAAAGAAUAAUUCAACAUCUAGGUGCCAAAUGGGGUCGUUGUUGCUGCCGUGUUGGUGGAGCUGAGGUUGCCCUCCAAGACAAGCUAGCCCCCAAUGGGAUGUAGAAGAAGAAGCGCCUGGUGGCUGGUGCUUCCCUAACGGCGGCGCUUUCUUGAUCCAGCGGCGGAAAAUGGAUGCCUCUUGCGUUGUCGUCGGCCCGGCCUGCGAGGCGAGGGUCGGCGCGACCAACAUCGGGAGGCCGCGGCAGCAGGGCAAGGCGAGGGGCGUCGCCGGCGUCUCGUCGUGGCACCUCAGGGUGUUCGCCGUGGUGGUCGGGUUCCUGGGCUGCCUCCUGCUCGCCGCCUCCCUCCUCAUGUCCGCGGUUCAUCAGAUGCAGUUCCGGAGCGGCGCCAUCUCCAUGAGCUUCAGGGGCCUUCAGGAGCUCAAGCAGAAUUUUGCAAGGAAGGAACAGGCCGAGCAGAUAAUGCAUGCAAGGCUUCUCGAGAUGGCAACUUCAGACAGCACAAAGAACGAGUCUGAUGGUGAAAGUUUCGAAUUAUGGGAAGAACCCUACAAGCAGGCGCACAAAUGGAAACCAUGUGCUGCCAAACACAGCUUGGCCGAUGAAGGGCCUAGCGAGAACAACAACGGCUUCAUUCUGGUCAGUGCAAAUGGCGGUCUCAACCAACAGCGCGUGGCGGUGUGCAAUGCUGUUGUCGUUGCAAAGCUGCUUAAUGCCACACUAGUGAUUCCCCGGUUUCUUUACAGCAGUGUCUGGAAGGACAAAAGUCAGUUCGGUGACAUUUACCAGGAAGACUACUUCGUGAACUACAUGAAGAGUGACGUGCAAAUUGUGAAAGAUUUACCACCCCAUCUCCAGUCUCUAGAUCUAGAAGCGAUCGGUAGCCAAAUGACUGAUAGUGACAUCCGUAAGGAGGCUGAACCGUCUGAAUUCAUCAACUUGGCACUUCCUGUUCUUCGGAAAAACGGCCUAGUUCAUUUCCUCGGAUUUGGAAACCGGCUCGGGUUCGACUCGGUUCCUGCCCAUCUGCAGAGGUUGCGAUGCAGAUGCAAUUUCCAUGCUCUCAAGUUCGCCCCUGAAAUCCAGAGACUGGGCUCUGUGCUGGUCCAGCGGCUACGGGGAGUGAGCGCGAUGCAGACGGAGAUGGACAAGCAGCUGUUCGGAGGCAACAUGCUCGACGGCGCCACCACGGCCGGCGGCGGCUUGCCAAGCAGGUUCGUUGCUCUGCACAUGAGGUUCGAGGUGGACAUGGUGGCCUACUCCCUCUGCGAAUUCGGCGGCGGCGAAGAGGAGCGGAGGGAGCUGCAGGCGUUCAGGGAAACUCAUUUCCCGGCCCUCGCCACGCGCCUCCGGAACACCACGGUGUCACCGGAGGAGCAGCGCAGCCUGGGGAGGUGCCCGCUGACGCCUGAAGAAGCCGGGCUUAUCCUCUCCGGGCUCGGCUACGACCACCGGACGUUCCUCUACGUGGCCGGGUCUCGGAUAUACGGCGGCGCGACACGGCUGCGCCCUCUCACGCGGCUGUACCCGAAUCUGGUCACCAAAGAUGACAUCCUCUCCUCGGACGAGCUAGCUCCAUUCAAAAACUUCUCUUCCCGGCUGGCAGCGCUGGACUUCAUCGCGUGCGCGUCGUCGGACGUCUUCGCGGUGACGGACUCCGGCAGCCAGCUGUCGUCGCUCGUGUCGGGGUACCGCGUGUACCACGGCAGGGGCCGGGCGCCGACGCUGCACCCGAACCGGAAGCGGUACGCGCAGAUCCUGUCGGAGGAAGGCGGCAUCGAGUGGGGCGGGUUCCAGAAGAGGGUGAGGAUCAUGGUGGACGAGUACAAGCGGGUCCGGGCCCGGCCAAGGGGCCGGAGCGCCUACCGGCAGCCCAGGACGCCCGGGUGCAUGUGCAGGGCCAGCGGCGACGGCAGCAUCGAUUUCUGAAUAUCUCAUAUAUGCUGCAAUCAUGCUGUAGACUUCUAGCCUGGCUGGCGCCUGCACUUUUUUGGUUCUUCUUUCUUUGUGCAUAACUUUUCUUUUUUCUCGCUCUCUCAACGAGAUCUUGUUAGCUUCUGGUUCUUUGGAUAGCUCUAGGAUACGAGAGGUUAGGUGAUGAGAUUUAGAGUACUUGCUGUAAUGAUUGUAUCAGAGGGCUUUUGCAAAGAUGAGCUGUACAAAAGAGAAAUAGAGCAUUCUUAAUUAUGUCUUUGGAACUGUAAUGAGAUGUGUAUGUUUUGUAGUGUUGA